AUGGCCAAGUGGACGCGCGUGGCAUGCAGCCUGCUCUUCAUCCUCGGCUCGCUGUCCUCUCCGGCGGAGUGCAAACGUAACCGAGGCCCGCAGAGGGGCUCCCAGGGUGGCGCCAUCCCUCACCCCGACAAGAGCAGGCCGAACGAAUCGGAGCGGCGCCCUCGACCCCCGCAGGGCGGCGCCUCGUCCCCGGCCGAUGAAGUUCUGGAGUCCAGCCAGGAGGCUUUACACGUGACCGAGCGUCAGUAUUUGAAGCGGGAUUGGUGCAAGACGCAGCCCCUCAAGCAGACCAUCCACGAGGAGGGCUGCGUCAGCCGCACCAUCAUCAACCGCUUCUGCUACGGCCAGUGCAACAGCUUCUACAUCCCCCGCCACAUCCGCCGGGAGGAGGGCGCCUUCCAAUCGUGCUCCUUCUGCAAACCCAAGCGCUUCACCACCAUGACCUUUACUUUGAACUGUCCCGAUCUGCAGCCGCCCACGAAGAAGAAACGCAUCCAACGCGUUAAACAGUGCCGAUGUAUAUCCAUUGACUUGGACUAG